GCAUAGCCAAAGUAAUUCACAUAAACUACCAGAUAUUAAAUUACUGGAUGAUCAUGCAAAGACAAAAUGGGAAGAAAUUCUACAUUUUAUGGUCGGAACUGACCGAAUGAGUUUACCAGGAGCCUCUGUAUUAAAAGUUGUCACUAAAGCUAACUUAAUGAGAGAAAAGGAGGGGAAGGGUCUAGAAAUAACAAAUAAGGGAUUUCAAUUUUUAUUACAAGAUGUUAAUACUCAAGUAUGGGCUUUUUUAAUUCAGUAUUUAGAUUUGGCCAGUGAGAUGUUACAUAUGAAUGUUGUUGAAGUAUUGAAUUUUUUUUUCAUGCUAGGAAGUCUGGAAUUAGGGCAGGAUUAUUCAGUUGAAGGAUUAACAGAUACGCAACGACAAUUACUUGAUGACUUAACUAAUUAUGGACUUAUCUAUAGACCCAAAAAAAGCUCAAAGAGAUAUUAUCCGACACGUCUUGCUACUACAUUAACGUCAGGAAACUCAGCCAUUGUAUCAAAUGCAGCGUCUAAUAAUCCUGCAGAUGAUGAGGAUAGCGCCACAGAACAAGGAUUUAUUAUUGUCGAAACCAAUUAUAAAUUAUAUGCCUACACAAGUUCACAAUUACAAAUUUCGGUGUUAAACUUAUUUUGCAAUCUUCAGUUUCAGUUUUCUAAUAUGGUGACCGCUGAAAUAACUCGAGAUAGUGUGAGAAAAGCAUUAAAACAUGGUAUUACUGCAAGUCAA